UGUGCCCCUCGCUGAGAACCUGACGUUUGGAGAAAGGAAGGGGCCAGCUAAGCAGAUUCCUGGGGAGGGGGCACGGCCCGUGCAAAGGCCCUGAGGCGGGCGCUAUGAGGAAGAAGCCUGCGGAGGAGGAGAGGAGAAGUGGGCGGCGCUGGCGGGGGGCAGCGCUGUGCGUGGCACAGAGCAAACGCUCAGCGGAGGUGGGCCCGGGCCACGUGCCAGGGGAGACCCGGGUCCUCGGCAGAGCUCCGCCUGUGAGGGCACAGGUGCCGGUCUCCUUCAACCUGUGGGGCAGCCAGGCGAGGCAGACCGAGGAGGGGGGUGCUGGCGGCCUCCGGCAGCCCCGUGCCGACCGCUGUCCCCCGCCGCCGCGGACACUGCCCCCUGGUGCCUGCCAGGCCGCGCGCUGCCAGGCUGACUCCGAGUGCCCACGGCACCGACGCUGUUGCUACAACGGCUGCGCCUAUGCCUGCCUGGAGGCCGUGCCGCCCCCACCAGUUUUAGAUUGGCUGGUGCAGCCGAAACCCCGAUGGCUUGGUGGCAACGGCUGGCUCCUGGACGGCCCCGAGGAGGUGCUCCAAGCUGAGGCCUGCAGUACCACGGAGGACGGCGCGGAGCCACUGCUCUGUCCCUCGGGCUACGAGUGCCACAUCCUGAGCCCGGGGGACGUGGCCGAGGGGAUCCCCAACCGCGGGCAGUGCGUCAAGCAGCGCAGGCCGGCAGAUGGGCGAUUCCUGCGCCACAAAUCCUACAAGGAGUAUCCAGAGGGCGACUCAAAGAACGUGGCGGAGGCUGGCGGGCGGCUGCUGAGGCGCUUCCAGUAAGCCAGCGACAGGCAGCCUGUUCCCAAGAACAUUCUAGAAGCCUCGGAAGCAGCUGGGGAACGCUGACCCCCGGAGGUCCCCCUUUCUCGGCAGAGCGUGGCCGCAGGGUCCCCGAGACAGGCGCUGCUCCCUCCCAGCUUGGCCCUGCCUGGCCUCGGGGCCCUGUCACCAUCCCGGGCACAGGGCCUGUGGCCCAGCCAGUCUCCACCCCGGGAGCCUUCUCCGAGUUUUAAGCAGAUGUCUUCCAGGCCGGGCUCUGGGAGGCCUCGCCCCCCACCCCAGAUGUUCUCUGAAUAAACGCGUCCAUCAUCAGAUGGACAUGGAUCACCCCCUA